AUGAGGGAAGUUGGUAAGAUGAUUACAUUCAAAGGAACUAGAGUCACUAAUUUCUUCGAUAAUUUUGUACAGCAGGCACAGAAAUAUGAUGAUCUUUCCUCUUCAUCUUCUACAAUGAUUAGUUUUGAAUUAUCAAAUGGUCGUCUCUAUAGUCCCCUUGUCCCAACCGAUCUAGAUGAUGACCAGUAUGUGGAAUUUCAACUUGAUGAUUUCACAGCCAUUCCAUCUAAUGCAAAGGAACAACAAAAAAUGUUCAUGGAAACAGUGAUAGAUUCAUUGGAAAUAGGAAAUCCAGAGGUAAAACAACCGCAUGUAAGCAGUGCUUGUACCAUGUCUGUGGAGCCGUCAGAGAAGUAUGACUCACAUGCUUCUUCACAAGAGAUUUCCAAACCUAUGGAGACAGAAUCUUCUCUACUCAACCGAAGUUUGCAUUCCACAGCCUCAACAAUAUCCACUGCAUGUGAUGUAUGUGAACCCUUGAAAGUUGAGUCAAAUUCCAGUUCAAUGAUUUCAACUCCAGUACCAAGUCUUUCUUCGAAAAUAGCACUACCACUACCUCCACCACCACCAUUAGACACUUCAUCUGUCGCCGGGUCUUGCAAUACAGAUAGUGCUUCUACUAGUAAUGACAAUUCUGCUAGCAUACAAAGUUCAUCAGACACUGACAUAUCACACAAUACAAAAGCCACAGUAACUGUUAUUAAGAAUCCAUCAUCAGGCCAUGUCUUGAAUGGCUUAAUGAGGCGUUGGGAUUUCAACUUUUUCAGAAACAGACACCAUCGAUAA